GUCUUCUCUUUCUCUUCUUACUCACUCCAGCGCCCAUUCUUCCCUAUCAAUGGAGAACAUUAUCUUAUUGACAAUCUUCUUCCUAUUUAUACCACUUACCAACUGCCUUCAGUUUCAAAAACACAGUUCCUGCUCUGCUUUACUAUUAAACUUAACAACAACCAGUUGAAAUUUGCGGCUUCUAUUUGUCUCAUAUUUUCAACUCCAAUGGCUGACUUGGAUCACUCUUCUGAUGAAAGCUCCGUGGAUUCCAGAGCAGAGGAUACUAGUCAAGACUCUAAGCUCGACUUUUCAGAAGAUGAGGAAUUUCUUAUCACUAGGAUGUUUAACCUGGUUGGGGAGAGGUGGUCUUUGAUUGCUGGAAGAAUUCCUGGAAGAUCAGCAGAGGAGAUUGAGAAGUACUGGAAUUCAAGAUACUCAACAAGUGAAUGAAGAACCAAGACCAUGAAAUUGGAGUACUCAAGUCUCGGUUAGAGCAAGAAAUUUUGGGGAUGUUAAUGUAACAUUGUGUGGUUGUAGUUAUAUGCAUAAAAUUUAGUUUUGCCAGUUUCCUUCGCAUAAAAUUAAGGACAAGGGAUACUGUUGUUUGAGGGUUUUGCUUGCAAUCAAAUGGGGGCAUUCUGCAAGUGAUGCCUAUCUUUGUAAAUUAGUCAUUGGUAUGAUGUUUGGGUUGGUUUGAAGCUUUCAUUUUUUUUUUUUUCACUUCUGUUUUGUGAACAUAAAUGAACUAGUGGAAGUAAAUUUGGUUGCUUCA